AUGUCCGUCGUAGGCAUCGACUUUGGUAACCUCCAAUCCAAAAUUGCUGUUGCACGCAAUCGUGGAAUUGAUGUUAUUUGCAACGAAGUAUCAAAUAGAGCUACUCCGACUUUAGUCUCGUUUGGACAUAAAAAUAGAUAUUUAGGUGAAGCAGCUAAGACUCAAGAGAUCUCAAAUUUCAAAAAUACAGUUGGUUCUUUAAAGCGUCUCGCUGGUCGUAGUUUUCAUGAUAAAGAAAUCCAUGAAAUAGAAAAACAAUUUAUUAAUGCAGAUUUAGUGGAGGAGAAUGGUCAGAUCGCUGUAAAGGUCCAAUAUCUCGGCGAGCAACGUAUUUUUACCAUUGAACAAUUGAUUAGCAUGUAUUUUACCAAGCUCAAGGAUAUUACUUCUGCGGAACUUAAAAUUCCUGUUUCUGAUGUGGUAAUUUCCGUGCCUGGUUGGUUUACUGAUGUUCAACGUCAUUGUAUCCUUAAUGCCGCGGAAAUUGCCGGAUUAAAUUGUUUACGUUUAAUGAAUGAUACUACUGCUUCAGCUUUGGGAUAUGGUAUCACAAAACAGGAUUUGCCCGAGGAAAAAGAGAAUCCUCGUAAUGUCGUGUUCGUUGACAUCGGGCAUUCAUGUUAUAGCGUAGCAAUUGUUUCUUUCAUCAAGGGUCAAUUAACAGUCAAAGCUACUGCAUAUGAUAGACAUUUCGGUGGUCGUGAUUUUGAUCAAGCAUUGGUAAAUCAUUUCGCCGAAGUUUUUAAAGGGAAAUACAAUAUUGAUGUUAAAUCAAAUAAUAAAGCACUUUUUCGACUUCGUAUGGGUGUAGAAAAACUUAAAAAAGUUCUUUCUGCUAACACCCAAUCUCCUCUCAGUGUGGAAUCCAUAAUGAAUGAUAUUGAUGUAAAUGCUAUAAUUUCUCGUCAGGAAUUUGAAGAUUUGUGUAAACAUCUUCUUGAUCGAGUAGAAAUACCUCUUGCACAAGUACUUCACGAUUCAGGACUGAAGCUAGAGGAUAUUCAUUCUGUCGAAGUAGUCGGUGGUACAACACGUAUCCCAGCAGUUAAAGAAAGAAUUUCGAAAUUUUUUGGGCAAGAAUUGAAGUAUACUCUUAAUCAAGAUGAAGCAAUCGCUCGUGGAUGUGCAUUUCAAUGUGCAAUUCUAUCUCCUGUGUUUAAGGUUCGCGAGUUUUCAAUUCAAGAUGUUACUCAUUAUCCUAUUAAAAUUGUAUGGGAGAAAAUCCCAGAAAUUCCGGAUGAAGAGUCCGAAAUUAUUGUAUUUCCUAAACAUAACAGUAUUCCAUCCACGAAAAUAUUAACAUUUUAUCGAAAACAACCAUUUGACAUUGAAGCUUAUUAUGCUGAACCUGAUAAAAUUCCUUCAGGGAUAAGUCCCUGGAUUAGUAAAUUUUCUAUUAAAAAUGUCGAGCCUACAGAUAAGGGAGAUCUGAGUAUUGUUAAGGUCAAGAUUAGACUUAAUCUGCAUGGAGUUCUUUCUUUAGAAAAUACCCAUAUUGUAGAAGAAAUUAUAAAAGAAGAAAAGGAAGAAAUAAGUGAAUCUCAACAAACUCAACCAAUGGAAUUGGUUAAUGAUGCCAAACCCGACGAAACCCCAAAACCUCAGGAAGCACCCAAACCUCCGAGCCCUAAAAAAGUCAAGAAACUUGUGAAGAAAGCAGAUUUACCCUUUGUUAGCUUUAAUGGCGGAUUGGACAAAUCUACCAUUGCAUCACUUAGAGAACUCGAAGGACAAAUGAUUUCAACCGAUAAACUUGUCGCUGACACAGAAACUCAAAGAAAUGCUCUUGAGGAAUAUGUAUAUGAUGUGCGCUCAAAAGUUGAAACUAUAUAUUCAGAAUUCGUUAAUCCAGCUGAAAAAGGGAAUUUUAUUAAUCUUCUUAAUGAAACUGAAACUUGGCUUUAUGAUGAAGGAGAGGAUUCGAUGAAAUCAGUUUAUGUGGAAAAAUUAGAACAUUUGAAAAAAUAUGGUGGACCAAUUGCUGAACGCCAUCGUGAGGAUGAGGAACGACCAAAGGCAGAAAAAUUAUUACGAGAAAGUAUACAUUCUUUAAUCGUUAGUUGCACAUCUGAUGAAAGGUUUGCACAUAUUCCAGAAGACGAAAAAAAGAACAUUGUGGAGAAGGCUACCAAAGCAUUGGAUUGGUUAGAUGAAAAAAUUAAAUCUCAAGAAAAUUUACCAAAAUAUCAACUACCUGUUUUCUCGUCCCGCGAUGUUUUAAAAGAACGCGAGGUUCGUCAAACAACUCCAGCUCCUGGUGCUGAUGCAGCAUCAGAAAAUAUGAACACGGAAACAGAAAGUGGAGAAAAUAAACCUAAUAAACCUACUGAAGAAACAAACACAAAUCUAGAAAAUAAUGGAAUGGAUAUUGACUAA